CUAAUCUGUUUCAUGUUGUCACAUAGGGGUUUGGCUGGAGCAGCAAUAUAACAUGAUGCGGGUGUUGUAUGACGACCUGUCGACUUGGCGGUCUGAUCUGAAGAAGACUGCAAUAAGUAUUGCACCACUAUCAUACUCACUUUUGCCCCCACCUUCCAUUCCUCCUCAACAAUGUGCAACUUGGAUUGAAAACACUGCUAAAGAUUUACUCGAGGGUGGUUUGUUUUUACGGUUUGGAAAAGACCAUAAUGGGAGAAUGAGGAAUUUUGCCAAUCCUGCCCUCCACAAUGCUGCCAUUGCCUUUUUUUACACAGGACCUUACUGGAUCGCAUGGAGGCGGCCAGAUCAGUUCCAUACUCAAUUGCCCAUAUCGUGUUUAGCCUUAGUUGCCGCAGUGUUCCACUGCAUUUUUGAUGGUCUUAAGAAGAACGGUAGCAGUAAAUGCUAUCCGAACUUUUCCUCCAAGGAAUACUUGCCCAUCUACCGGAAAAUGCUCAGAAUGAUCAAAAAAACCCUCCAGGAUGAAUAUCACGGCCCUAGAUUGUUGGCGCAACUUCGAGAAUGGGCUGAAGCUGGAUGGGCCAAAAAUCUCAAGCUUGACGGCAGCGCUGCGGAGAUGAAACAUGACCACCUCCAAGUCAUUCUGGACUAGAUAUUUGUAUUCUGUGCCUGAUUUCUCAUCCACUGCUACUAUCAUGUGCCUUCAUAUCUUCCCUGUCCGAGAUUCAAAUAUUAAAUCAUUUGUAGCUACUAGUAUGCUGUACAGAGUGAAUAAGCUUGAGUGAGGUGUACAAGGAGCAAUGUCUGCACAACUCCCAUUCUUUGAGCGGUCUGUGGGUGUCUGUAUAGAGAUACAGAGGAAACCAGCGCUAUUUGAGAACUUGUUGUGAGCUAUUUGGUACUCGCUGGGUGUGUCUGUGAGCAUCUGUACAGAGAUUGACAAAAAGGUUGGCUACUGUAGUAAGCUAGGUAGUAGGGACUAAGCUACACAGCUG